AUGGGCAGCUCGGCACUGCUGUCGGAUGCGGGAGAAGGUAGGAGCGAGGUGCAGGAAUCGUCUCGUCGGUGGUGGUCAAGCCGUCGGGAUGGGUUCCUUCUCUCGGAUCGUCUUGCUGGUGCAGCAGCCUGCGCGCCUUUGCGUCGUCUCGAGGUGAUGAUGGUGCGUCGUCCUUACAUCAGACGAGAAAAAAGGUCAAAGGUAUCGGCGGCGACUCGUCGAAGCGCUGGCGCAGCGGUCUUGGCCGUCGUGGUCGUCGUGUCGUGUCGUCGUGAAAUGGAAAAAGGUGGUUGCCAACCCAAAUCCAGGCUCGGAGCCCCUAAAGCGGUGGUCGGAGCUGUGCUGUCGGCGUUGGCGUUGGCACCCCUGGUCAAUUCAAUUGGAGCUUUGUUCGUUGUCGCGUCGGCGUCUGUCUAA